GUGUUAGGAGCAAUAAGUAAACAACUAACUUGGCUAAACUGUUCUUAGUGUCUUUGAAACUGUUUAGUUCUGUUUUUCAACUUUGAGUAAAAAGCGCAACAUGUGGCCUCUGUGACUGGAAUUCGAAUUAGUGCUUUAAACGAACUCAUUGAUAUGCUCUGAAGUGCUUCGGAAAAAUCACCAGAACCCGUACCCAGCGUGAAUCCAACGAAAAAAGCACACCACGGAAUAUGCGGUAAUCCAUAUGCCUUCCUGGUGACUAAUGCUAUGGCUAUGGAAGAUCGAAACCGUAUUUGGACCACGGGCCACGUAAACCUCGGCUACUUCAGCGAAAAUCUUCAGCAGCAGGCCUUGCCACUCCAAAGGCAGCAAACUCCGGGAAACCUGAGCCUACUUGCGACGCCCAUUGUAGCCAACGGCAGUGCAAAUGGAGUCGGAAAUGCGAACGGACAUGGACGGUCCUCGGCGACGGAAAGUGCCCAGGGCAAGCAUCUUCCAUUUCAGGGCCCAGCCCCCAAUCUCGUCGGCGUGCAAUCCAGGUUUCGCCGGCUCUAUUACCACAAGGUGGUACUGGGAGGACUGACUGCCCUCGUAAUCGCUCUACUAAUAGCAAUCAUAGUCAUAAGCGUAACUCUUAAGAAAUCCAGCUCAAUUUGCCGGAGCAAGGAGUGCAUCCGCACAGCGGCCAGCCUCAUCUAUGCCAUGGACGAACAGACUGAUCCCUGCGAGGACUUUUACAAAUUCACCUGUGGCCGAUGGGCCGAUCAGCAUCCCCGGUCAGACUCCGUGACCUCCAACGACUGGUUUCGGGAGCGGCAGGCCCACAUAAUGCGUCUGGUGCGUGACUUUCUUCGAUCGAAUAUUACCAAUGCGGAGCCAGAGGCUGUGGGUAAGGCCAAGACCAUGUACCGAGCCUGCAUGGACACGAAUCUGCUGGAUCAGCGGGACUUGGAACCGUUGGUGGGCUAUCUUGUGCGCUUUGGACUUCCCAUCCUGCCCUCCGCCCUCAACCUGACCCUUGGGAGCAAUUCGAAAUUUGCGGGAGUGGCAGCAAACGACUCAUCAUUCAACUGGCUGGAAUCACUCGUGACGAUCAAGCGACACUUGUCAAUGGAUUUGAUAAUAGGGUUCGACGUGUUUCCAGAUCCAUUCAAUCGCACCCUUAAUCGGAUCGCCUUGGGAACUCCGGAGACGGAUUCGGCAUUUCCCUUCAACAAAGACGAUUCGCACAAGAUGCUACGCAAGAUCCACAGGAAAACAAUCUUUAUGCAAAACAGCGACGAAGAGGAUGACAACGAGGAUAACAGAGAAAGCGAGGAGGAAGAGGCUGCCCGAAAGACCAGCACGGGAAUGACGGCCUACCUCCACUACGUACGAAAAGUGAUCGAAAAGUACUUGCUCUAUGUGGACCCAUAUGUCAACCAGGAGGAUGCCACUUUGGGCAUUACAGAGCUGGUCAAACAGGGUGUUAGAGUAGCUAGAAAGGUUCAUGCGCUAAAGGAAGAGGCUGAAAAUAGUACAAAGCCCUCUAAAAAUCCGGCAGACGAUAUUGUUUACAUUUCACUGCAGGAUCUGCAGAAUCAGACAGACAAGAAUAUUUCUCCAAAAACAUUGCCCAUUUGGGCAAAAUAUAUGGAUCUGAUCCUGAAGGGCACAAAGCACGCUAGCAAUGUUCAACUUACCAGAAAUCUGACAAUCAUCACUAGUCCGGCCGACAUUCUGUAUCUGCAGCGUGUGGUGGAGUAUCUGGAGGAAACACCAGCCUCCCAUAUAGAGUCCUACCUAUGGCUGAGCACCCUCGAGGAGCUGGUCCUCCACACAACGAGUUCCAUGCGGCUGCUCCACUCGGAGUACAUGAAGGUGGCCAUUGGAACGGAGGGAAGCACACCGCGGUCACUCUACUGCGCCAACGGAGUGAACAGUCUUUUCGGAAUGGCUGUGAGUUACGUCCUGGCAGAUGACAGGUUCGUCGAAGAGAAGUUGCCUCGGGUGCAGCGAAUGCUGAGCGAUAUCCGGCGUUCCUUUGAUCGUUUGGUGAAGUCCACAACCUGGAUGGACGCGGCCACCAAGCGGAAAACAAUUCAGAAGUCUGCUGAAAUGAAAAGCUUCAUUGGUUACCCUACGUGGCUACAGAAUGCAACUGCGUUGAAUGCCUUUUACGAGGGGGCGAAAACGAAUACCACCACCCACCUGGAGAACCUCAUGAACUUUGUUCACUGGCAGAUGAUGGAGAAGCUCAAUGAAAUGGAUAAGCCGGAGCCAAUUGGCUGGGCGACUUCGCCUUCUAAUGUGAAUGCCUUCCACACGUUUCAAUCAAAUGCAAUCACGGUGCCCAUUGCCAUUUUGCAAUACCCGUUUUACGACCUCGGCCUCGAAGCCCUCAACUAUGGAUCCAUAGGCACCAUUCUGGGACACGAGCUGACGCACGGCUUCGAUGACAGUGGUCGUCGAUUUGACCGAUUUGGGAACAUGGUCGAAUGGUGGUCCAAUAAGACCAUUGACGAGUACAUCAACCGGACAGAGUGUUUUGUCGAUCAAUAUAGUAGUUACCAUUUGGCAGAUAUUGAUGAAUAUAUCGAUGGAGAACUGACUUUGGGCGAGAACAUCGCCGACAAUGGCGGAAUGCGGGAGGCCUUUUACGCCUACCGUCUCUACGUGAAGGAGAUGGGUCGGGAGCGGGCAAAACUGCCCGGACUGGAGCACUAUUCCCACGAGCAGCUCUUCUUCAUCUCGUUCGGCAACCUGUGGUGCGAAACUUACACUCCGGCGGCGUCGCGGUACGCCCUCAGUGACUCGCAUUGCCCCGGGCAGAUGCGACUCCGCGGCGUACUCUCCAACUCGGAGGAGUUCGCCAGGACGUUCAAGUGCGCCUCCGGCAGCCCCAUGAAUCCCAGCCAGCCCAAGUGCCGCAUUUGGUAGUGAGCUCGCCGUUGGCCAACAACCAGAGCAGGCAAUUCAAACAGGAACAGUCAAGUGAUUUUUCGAAAUAUACAUAUAUUUAGUAAAUAUUAUUUACAGAUAA